UUGUUUUAACUAUGCAUUACAAUAAUAGACAUGAUUUAUUAUCAGAUUGAUUUCUAACUUUUACUUUCUAAAGAUCACAUUGAAUAAUAGAACAUUUAAAAAAACUAUUAUCCUAAUGGUGAAACUAAAAAUAGAUACCGUUUAAAGAAAAGAAUGAGAUUCUCCCUUCAGUAGGUACUUCCGCUCAAUAGUUUAUAUUGACAACAGCUCCAGUUUGAACAUGUAGCACAGUUUUACGCUCAUAUACACAAUGGUUCGGAUAACGGAAAAUUUGGUUCGAAAGAAAGCUGAGCACAAUGACCUUGAAAUCUCAACCUUGGAGGAAGUAUCUUUACACCAACAAGAUAUAGAAAAAAUAGAGCAUUUGGACAAAUGGUGCAGGGAGCUGAAAAUUUUAUACUUACAAAGUAAUCUUAUUCCCAAAAUAGAAAAUGUUGGAAGAUUGAAAAAACUGGAGUAUCUCAAUUUAGCAUUGAAUAAUGUGGAGAAAAUUGAAAAUCUCUCAGGUUGUGAGUCUUUGCAGAAAUUGGACAUGACAGUUAAUUUUGUUGGAGAAUUAACAAGCAUAGAGAAUUUAAAAGUUCUAGUUCAUUUCAGGGAAUUAUAUCUGACAGGUAACCCUUGUACUGAAUAUGAAGGUUACAGAGAGUAUGUUAUUACGACAUUACCACAUUUACAGAUGUUAGAUGGACAAGCUGUAGACAAAUCUGAAAGGAUUUUGGCAAAACAGGACUAUGCAGAAUUAAGAAAUAAAAUAAUUAAACAACAAGAAGCACAUAGGAAGAAAAGGGUAAAACAAAGACAAGAGGCAAAACUGAAAGAAGAAAAAAAGGAACAGAAAGAAAAGAAUGAAAAGAAACCUGGAUUUGAUGGAAGAUGGUACACUGAUAUAAAUGAAAGUGAUAAGAAGAAAACAGAGGACAGUGAAUCACAGGUUGAUACUUUAGAGAAACAACAAAAGCAAGACCAAGAGUUUUGGGAGGAGAAAACAGAAUUUACUCCAGAGUCAAGAAUUGAAGUUCAUAAACAGAUGGAGAAACAGAAAGCUCGAGAAAAUACAGAUAAGAAAGAAGAAGAAAAAGCUCCAAGGAGAUUGUUUGCAGAUGACGGCCGACCUUUAAAUGUAAAUGAAGCAAAAGUGGACUUUACACUGACUGAGGAUGAAGUUAAUAAUCUGUUCCUCCUAGACAUUGCAGUUUUCAAACAUAUGGAUACAUCACUAGUAGAUGUUGAUGUCCAAACAAAUUAUGUGAAAGUUAUAAUGAAAGGGAAGAUAUUACAGCUAUGUAUGACAGAGGAAAUAAAUGCUGAUUCCAGUUCAGCGAAAAGAUCGCAGGUUACAGGUCAUUUAUUGAUCACAAUGCCAAAGGCUAAACCUCUCAUUAAACCAAAGCAUAUAAUUGUUAAUAAAGAUGAAAAUAAAGAAAAUAAUGUGAAAGAAAAAAGGAAAACUCAUGAAAAACUGGAAGUUGACAAAAAGGCACACAAGACAGUUGAUAUUGCUAAUAUUGUUACUAAAAAGGGUGAUAAAGUUAAAGCACCAUUUGGGUCAAAAGUCAGAGAGGCUGCCAAAGAACGACCUAAUAGUGAUGACUUUAUUGAUGAUUUAGAUGUACCGCCCCUGGAGUGAUCUCCCUUUGAAUGAAUUGUUGUAAAUUUUAUCAAAUAAAAAAUGUGUUCAUCGUACAAAUUUAGCAACACUAACAUUCUUUCCUCUUUUUCAAAAAUUUAAUAAGUUUUAGAAUAAAUCAAGUACUAAACUAACUUU